GGGAGGGCGACGUUUGUGGCUAGACCUGCGGUUGGGAGGGCGGGCGGCUGAGGCGAUGGCGGACAGUGGCAACCCCGACAGCGAGCCUACGACGCGCACGCUGCUGCGGCGCGUGCUGGAUACAGCGGACCCCCGCACCCCGCGGCGACCCCGGAAUGCUCGGGCUGGUGCCCAGAGAGCCCUGCUUGAAACCCCUUCCUCUAGGAGGUUGAGCAGCCAAACAAAGAUGACUGCGAGGCGGCGUUCCCAGAGAACCAAGUCUAUUGGCAAAUUGGCCCACGUUCAAGCCAGUGGACACCUGGAGGAACAGACACCCCGGACUCUGCUGAAGAACAUCCUGCUAACUGCCCACCCUCUCCUUGCUGUUUCUGCAGCCCCAGAAUCUUCCAUCGUGAUGCCAGAGUCAGUGGUAAAGCCAGUGCCAGCACCACAGGUGGUCCAGCCCCCCAGACGGGAAAGCAGUCGGGGCAGCCUGGAGCUGCAACUUCCUGAGCUCGAACCCCCAACAACUCUGGCUCCAGGACUGCUGGCUCCUGGCAAGAGGAAGCAGAGGCUGAGAUUGUCAGUGUUUCAGCAAGCAAUGGACCAGGAGCUGCCUCUCUCCCAAGAGCCUCAUGGGAAUGCUGAUGCCUCCUCCCUCACCAGUUCCCUCAACCUGACCUUUGCCACACCUCUCCAGCCACAGUCAGUGCAGAGGCCUGGUUUGGCCCGCAGACCUCCCACCCACCGAGCUGUAGAUGUGGGUGCAUUUUUGCAGGAUCUGCGAGAUACUUCCCUGGCCUUGGCUCCUCCAGAUACCGUGUUGGAGGACACACAGCCCUUCUCCCAGCCCUUGGUUGGCCAGUCCCCCAGUGUGCACCACUCCCUGCCCUGCCCUUCUCACUCUGGGGCUGAAGAUGCUGAGAGAGCUGUCAGUCACAGGACACGGAGCAGUGGGCCUAGGCUGCAGAACAACAGUCCUGGGAAACCAGCCCAACUUCUGGCCGGAAGGGCAGAGGAGGUUGAUGCCCUUGCUAUGAGUUUCUCACACAGCAGCAGUAGUAUCUUUGGAGAAGUUGCAGUAGAGCCCUUACAGGAUGGAGUUGGUGAGGAGGCAGAGGAAAGAAUGGAAGAAAGCUUGAGCAUGAGCAAAGUGAAGGAGGCAGCAAGAGCACAAGGAUCUGCCAGAGCAGAAGAGCCUGAGGGACACACACAGGUGACAGAAGCAGAGGGAUCCCAGGGGGCUAUUGAGACCAAGGAGCCUGAAGGAUCUUCAGGGGAUGUGGACACCUCUGGUAGGACAGUAAGUCCAGAGUUGGCUGCCAGCACCCUGGAGUUUCUUCAGGCCAAGCAACUACAGUGUCUUGAGCCAGCCCCACCGCCUAGCACUGCAGUCUUACCUCUGGAGCCUCUGUCGGCCAGGCUUCCUCCCAGGGCCCGAACCCCUGGCCCCAAGCCCCGUCAAGGUCCCUACAAGACUAGACUGAGCCACUAUGCAAAACUCUUUAGCUUCUAUGCUAAGAUGCCCAUGGAGAGGAAGGCUCUUGAGAUGGUGGAGAAGUGCCUGGACAAGUAUUUCCAGCAUCUUUGUGAUGACCUGGAGGUAUUUGCUGCUCAUGCUGGCCGCAAAACUGUAAGGCCAGAGGACCUGGAGCUGCUGAUGCGACGGCAGGGCCUGGUCACCGACCAACUCUCCCUGCACGUGCUUGUGGAGCGGCACCUGCCCCUGGAGUACCGGCAGCUGCUCAUCCCUUGUGCAUUCAGUGGCAACUCUGUCUUCCCUGCCCAGUAGUGGCCAGGCCUUGAUGCUUGCCCUGUCCCUACUUGGGGCCACUUGGCUCCACAUACUCUUCCAGGUCUCCUCCCCGCCCUCUAGCAUCAAUAAAGUUUCACAAACAGAA